GUCUGCCGCUGUUACGGUCGAAGAAGAAGAAGAAGAAGAAAACCUCGCAGGAAGUUCAAGCCGAUGUUUCACAGCGAUAUGUGUCAAAUAAGACAAUGAGAACAUGAAGUCAGUAGUCUGCAUAAUAGUAUGGUAACCAGUUAAAGUGGACUUCAUUUAAGGAAAUGCCUUUGUUCAUUCAAAACAGAGGACUUGGCCGCUUAACCUCGACAGCGGAACUGUUCGACAAAUAUCCACAUUUACAGGAAAAUGGAAGAAAAUUUAGCUCCAAGUCACUUGUUGAUGUCGACCCAAAGUGCCUCUUAUAUGUCCAGCAGAGAGAGUUUGCUGCGACAACGCCAGCAGACAAUUGUGUUUCGGUAAUUGGAUCUGACGAUGCCACCACCUGCCAUUUGGUUGUGCUGCGACACACUGGAAGUGGAGCUGUUUGCCUUGCUCAUUGUGAUGGUUCCAGCACUUGGUGUGAAGUCCCACUCCUUGUAAAAGCUGUCACGUCACUGAGUAACGUCAGUAAGGAGGGCAGACUCGAGCUCCAUCUUGUCGGGGGAUUUAAUGAUGAGUCAAAAACAUCCCAUAAACUCAGCCUUAACAUACUGGCAGCGUUCCACAAACAGAAAGAGGAGAUUUAUCUGGAAACAUGUUGCAUCACAGAAAUGAAUGACAUUGUUGUUGAUGGAACUCAUAGGCCUGUCGUUUAUGGCAUAGGGGUGAAUGUUAAAACAGGGGAUGUGUUCCCAUCGUCAUUCACUCAUAAAGGACCUGCAGAGGAGCUGCGAUCAGCAAGGACCUUCACUGGGGGACAGAUGGUUGACAUAUAUGACUCAAGUCGAGGACUUGUUAAAAUAGAGCCUUGCCAGUGGUCUCCAAAUAUGGAUAUUGCCUUCUGGUUGUCACAAGAUGAUGACACAAUUUUAAAGUACCUGUCCACCUCUCCGAUGGCUGAGCCACCACACUUCGUCCAGCACAUGAAGUCCACCAUCCAGUUCCUUUUAGAACACCCCGACUCUGAUAGCCUGUUCCCCGGAGGACAGCCACAGCUCUACCACAGGACUGACACAGGGGACUGGGAGAGAGCUGACUAGUCAUAGUACUAGUACAUAAUACUUCCAUCUCUCAUUCAACCUUAGCAUGGAAAUUGACUUUUUUUUUGCCUUUCAGCUCAUUGGAUACACUGUGACCCAUCCACCCAUUGUCUAUUCUUUGUUUAUCGUGUCUUAACAUGGAGGUAACCCACAAGUGGUUGGCUGGCUGGUCCAGUAGCGAGAGUGGAGGAAGCACUUGUGAAUUCUGUUCAUGCCUGUAACACUUCAUUUUAUAUAUGUAUAGCUCUCUUUGUCGGUUGGUUGGCUGGUCUCCCUACCCUUUUGUGGCCAUACUUUCCGUCACUGGAGGCUGAAAUUCACCAUGGAGCUCAAGUGUUUGUGUGAAUGCAUGAAUGCAUGCAUGUACUUGGUUGCUGCCAUAACGAAUUUGCGCUUGUUUCACUCUUGUGAGGUGGUGUAAAAUCUGCACCUUUCGCUAUCUGCUGUAUCGCUGUCAGUCCAGAUUAAUGUCUUACUAUGCUUGACUGUUUUGAUUCUCAAAGGAAAUGGUUAACAUUGUUGUCUUAUGCCCAACAAAUUCUCAUUGUUUUGUAUGUUGUUUUUUUUAGCCCAAAAACUACAACAAACUAGUUUAUCCCUAGCUUGCAUGUAUUCAUCAGUUUAUACUACAACAACCAAUCAACAUCCAGAAAUCAAACUUCAUUUAAUUGCCUUUUUAUUGUUGUUUGCCAGAUAAUGUUAGUCACCAGGAAAUCAAACGUUGCUCUGAAAAACUACAAAGUAUGCUUUGAAAAUGUAUGCACAAUAUGUAUUUAAUGGGCAAAAAACAUGUAAAACCACAUGUAUGGUCCUUAAAUGCAGAGCCAAUCUAUCGUUAAGGAAUAAUUACAGGUGGAAAACUUGCUGCAACUACAUUAAAGAAUCUAUUUAUUUUGGCACUUUGUUGAAAACAAUGAAAACAGGGAAGAGAAUACUAAUUGCUGCACUCUGCAUUGUUGAAGAGUUGAGCAAAGUUUAUUUUUCUCUACAAAUGCACCUUCCUGAUGAGAGUAGAAUAUGAUAUUUGAUCACAUACUACUACUACUAUACACUACAUUACUGCUGUAUACUUUGCUAUGAAUGUGUAUGUUUUAGGAAACUGCAUGUGUUAAUGUGUAGAGUACUCUUCUGCAGACAGUGGUAUGAAUUCUUGUCAAACUCAACCAAAUAUGCUUUGCUAGUUCUGUCUUUUCUGAAAUUGUUAAAAAAUGAAAACAUACACUGUAUAAGGCCUUUUCAUCAGUUGUGUUAUUCAGAAAGUUGCAAGGUGCUUAAAGCAUUCAGUGCAACUUAUUAUUGUAACAUACUGUACCUGAUGCUGAAUAAAUGUAAAUGGUGAUAUCUA